AUGAAUGUAAAUACAGGAUUUUUUCCUCCUUAUGGCUGUCGUCGUAAGCAUUCAACAGCUGCUUAUCAUUUACCAAUAAAUAAUCAACAACAUCAUAAUUUAUCAACAUUACCAAGUGCACGUUCAUCAAUUGAAAGUACCAAUGGUAACGAAUCAUUUUUACCAUUAAUAUCAACUACUAAUGGUAAUAACGAUAGUCAUAAACCUUAUCGUCGAAAUGAUUUUGCUAAUAAUCAUUUAUUUAUUGCUAAACGUAAAUUAGCUCGAGUUUUUCUUGGACAACCAUCAAGAAAUUUACAAGCAACAAGUGAUCUUAUUCAUUUAUUUGAUCAACAAAAGCCAAAACGCAAAAAUCGAAAUUUAAAUCAACAACAACGACAGGAAGAUAAAACUUCAUCAGCUGAACAAGAUGCUCAUUUAUCUGUUGUUGAUCUUAUCAUGAAACCUCCAUAUCCAGCAACAUUAACUCGUGAUCCAUUAUCAGCAAUAGUACGUAAUCGUCAUUCUCAAACAAUUAAUUGUUCGGCUAAACUUCAUCACUCAUCAUCUCAUGCAAAUAGUUCAUCAGCUAAGCCAAGUCUUCCAUCAACAAUACUUCAUACCUAUACCGAUGAUAAUGAACUUGAUGAACUAAUCGAUAAUGACAAUGUAUCGGAUACUAUAAGCACAACAAUCAAUCCAUUUGAUUCAACGUUAUUAUUAAUCGAUGUCUAUCAAGAAUGGGCUGGUUCAACAAUUGUAUUAGAAGAUAUUUUUCUUAAACUUAAACGUAAUUUAACACAAACAGAAUAUUUAACAUUCUAUUCAGCGAAUUGUGAAAAUAUUGAAUCACUUAAACGUUAUCGUGGUUAUUGUGAACCGUUAUUACUUUUUUUUGGAAGCAAUAUUUUGAUACAUAUACAAUAUCAUAUAGAUGCACCACAAAUAGAAAAAUCUAUUGAAGAACAACUUAAUAAAGAAUUACAAGUAAUUAAAGAAAAUCGUAAACGAGAACCUAUUGAUGAUUCAUUUUUAACGAAAUAUUCAGAAAAUAAUGGUAUUCAACAGAUGAAUGGAAUUAUUAAUAGAGAAUCAUUUUCAAUAGAACCUAUAUGUAACAAAAAAAAAAAAAAAUUUGUUCUUAAUAUUAAACAAGAAUUUUUUAUUAAUUUUUUCGAUGUUAUAGUAUAUAAAAAUGAAUCAUUAAGUUUUCGAAGUUUAUUAAUGAAAACUGCAGAAAAAAUUGAUCAAGAUUAUUGGCUUAGUCAAGAACCAUAUAAAUUAGAUGUUUCACUUUUUGUUAUAAAACCUGAUCUUGUUGCCAAUGGAAAAAAAGAUGAAAUUUUAGAUCAUUUACAUAAUAAAGGAUUUAUUAUUCAUACACAUGCUGAUAAGUUAUUAAAUGAUGAAGAUAUGAUAAAAAUUUUUAAACCAGAUUCGAGUAUUCUUAAUGAAUUCAUACGAUUUAUGUAUAGUGGUCCAAGUACUUAUGCAGUAGUAUCAAAAGGUCAUACAGGACGUUCAACAUCGGAUGAUCUUCAUUAUAUAAUUGGUUUAAAUGAUCCAGAUUUAGCUAAAGAAAAUAAUCCUCAAUCUUUAACUGCAAUUUAUGGAACAGAUACUAUUUUAAAUGGAUUUUAUUCGAGUCAUACUAAUAAUGAAGCUCUAAAAGAAAUUCAAAUUGUUUUUCCCGAAUAUCGUCAACCUUUAAUUAAAGGAAAAUCAGUUGAUGAAUAUGUUCAUAAAACAGCAACAUUGUGUCUUCUUGGAUCCAUACAUGUACGAUCAAAGAAAGGAUCUAUUAUUCAAGCAAUAAUACAACAUGGAUUUGAAGUACGUUACGAAAAAACGUAUACAUUUCGACCGGAUGAAGUUGAAUCAUUAUAUAUUAAACAUCGUAACGAUGAGUUUUUCAAAGCAUUAGUUGAAGCCUAUACAGAUGGUCCUUGUUUGCUACUUUAUGUAGCCAAAGAAAAUUGUGUAGCAGAUUUUUGUGAAAUUCUUGGUCCAUUUUCACGUGAAGAGUUUAGUAAAAUGCCUGGAACACUUCGAUAUGAUUUUGACGAAGUGACAAUACCUGUGACGACAAUUCAUGGUUCUGAAAGUAUUAUUGAUGCACGAAAAGAACUUGAACAAUUUUUUCCAUAUCAACAAACACUUACUGUUAUUAAACCAGGUUUAACUCCAAAUCAAAAAAAUGAUAUUCUUAAACGAUUAAAUUUAAAUGGUUUUACAAUUAUGACUAAAGAAACAAGACAUUUAACAAAAGAUGUUCUUACUCAAUUCUAUGCUCGACAUCAAGGCUUACCUUGGUUUAAUGAUUUUAUUCAAUUUAUGAGCAGCGAUGUUUGUGAAAUAAUAAUUCUUGCACGAGAAGAUGCUGUUCAAGCUUUACGUGAAAUAAUGGGUCCUGUUGAUCCUGUACGUGCAAAAACCGAUGCACCAGAAUCAAUUCGAGCAAUUUAUGGUUUGGAUAUAAUGCGUAAUGGUUUACAUGCAUCAUCAAAUAAUAAACAUGCACGUGAAGAAAUUCGACUACUUUUUCCUGAUUAUGAAUUCAUUAAAAGUAGACCAAUACCAUUUCAUUCGAAUAUUUUAACAACUGAUUCGGUUAUUUCGAAUGAUUUACCAAUUCAUGAUGAAAAUGAUUUGUAUCAUCUUGAAUCACAUGAAAUCAUAUAUGAAUUAGCUGUACAUACACGUACAAAUGAUAAUGAAAAUGAAGAAUCAGCAGUUUUUCUUACAUUAGUCGGUAAAUUAAAUGAAACAAAAAAAUGUCUUCUUCAAUAUGCUGAUAAUACUAUUCAUCCUUUACAAUCGAAUCAAAUUGAUUUAUUUCAUUUUAUUGAUCAAGAUAUUGGUGUUCUAAAAAUGAUUAAAUUUUCACAUGAUGGACGAGGUUUUCCAGAUAAUUGGUCUUUAGCUAAUGUCGAAGUUACAAUUCCAUAUCAAAACAAGAUAUUUAAAUUUGAUAUUAAUGAAUUAAUCAAUGAAGAAAAAGCUAAAAUUGGUUAUCCAGUAACUGACAUUACAGAUAUUGAGACUACGACUAAUGGUAAUUGUGCUAUUAUUAUUCAAACAGGCAGUGCUAAAUAUGCAGGUACAUCAGCAGAUUGCAGUAUUCUUUUAUCGGGUUCACAAGGUGUUUAUGCAUUUCAACUUCAUAAAUCAUUAACAAAUCGAAUACCAUUUCAAAAUCGAUAUCGUGAUAUAGUUCUUGUUCAAGUUGAUGAACAACUUAAUGAUAUUGAAUAUAUUGUACUUGAACAUAAUAAUGAAAAUUCUGCACCGGCUUGGUUUGUUGAUUUUGUUAUUAUUAAACUUUUACUGAAUAAACAAGAAUAUUUUUUUCCUGUUCAUCGAUGGCUAUCAAUAGAUUAUUUUGAUGGAAAAACUAAAAUAACACUUGCAUCAGAUAUACAAAAAAUACCAUCGCAUGAAAUUAUUCGAUAUGAAAUUUAUAUUGUAACGGGUUCAAUGUUUGACGCAGCAACAUGUUCACCUGUAUGGAUAACAAUCAAUGGAACAAGAGGUUCAAUUAUUAAUAAAUAUCUUGAAAUUGCUGAAAAUGAAUCAUUUCCAUUUGAACCUGAUAACCAAGAUUUAUUCAUUUUAUAUGAUAUAGAUAUUGGUGAAGUUGAUAAAUUGAUCUUAGGUCAUGAAAAUAGUAAUGCUGAACAAGGUUGGUUUGUUCAAUCAAUAUCUAUUCAUAUACCAUCUAAACAAUAUCAGAGUGAAAUACUUAAGAUUAAUAAAUGGUUGAAUUCAAAACGAAUAGAUGGUGUACCAUUAGUUGAAAUUCAAAUACGAAAACCUAUAAAAUGUUCACCUGAUCAAAUGACACGGUGGUUACCUCGUUUUAUUCUGGUUAUAAUCGAUGAUACACAACAAAUAUUUCAGUUUAACAAUUCAAAAUGGUUUCCUUGUUCAAACAGAGAUAAUUCUGAAACAAGUAUUAUUCAAUUAGAUGCAAUUCGAACAGAAUUAUCAAAUAAAAAUUCUAACAAUUCUCUUCAAUCAUCAUUCGAAGAGCUUCAAAAUAUCAAUACAAAAAUGUCAAAUAUGAGCAUUCAACAAAUUGAAAAUCAAUUAGAUACAAUCAAAACAUUGUAUACGAAUGAAACCGGAAAUAUUGUUAUUGAUAAACGAAAUUUAGACGAAUACAAUGAAUAA